CGCUCCUAGAGAGGACAUUUAUCGUCGGUUGAGUGCAAUAUUGGCUAGCUAGUUGAACUACUGUCAUGUUGUCGAUAAUAUUCUCACGUUAAACGCUGCUUGUCAGAUCACAUCUCCCAAGACAACAUGGGCCCAGAGAACGCGAUGACCGGCCAGACGCUUCUGACAGCCGUCUACAGUCAAAACUGGCCGGUCCCCGACCCAGCUCGAUCGCCGUCACGCCGAGGGUUUCAAGGAGACAAGCGGAGACAGUUGAACCACCGAAGUAACAGCGCACAAUUCAGGCGGACUGGGUGGUUAUCGACCGAAGAACGUGCCGAGUUGAUGUCUCGACCACCGACACCUUGUCACGGUCUCAGCUCUAACACCUUAGACCGGGACACGCUGAGGUGGAGAUCUUGGACACAGCGAAGCGAUGGCCAGCUAGGCGAAGAAGAUAGCCACACUGAUUUGUCGUUGUACAAAAUUACACAGGACACUUUCAAGAAACUUUCCAGACAAGUCAAAGACGUCAACACUAUGAUGAUAAAUAAAUUCCGCAGUAAUGGUUUCAGGAAACACUACAUGGGUAGCGAGAAGACGUCUCCCAGCAUUCAUAGCAGCAAAUUAGCGUCAAGUUUGCGCUCCACCAGGCCAUCAUAUGAGCGCUAUCAGCUUGACACAUCUAAUGAUAUCACUGUCCAGUCUCGACAAGCAAACCCAAUGGCAAGGUUGCCUAGGACAGGUUCGGCAAGAUCACAAUCUUCCUUGUCACAACGGCCGCAUUCAACGCUAUCGUACUAUAGCACAAGAUCCUCAACGUCUUCGUAUGAAUACGACAGAUUGUCCCAUGAAAUUGUGAGUGAGUUAGGGGAGCUUGACACACCUUCACCCUAUUAUGACAUACCUGAUGGGCCCUUUAGGACAGUUAAGCCUAGCACAUGGUCUGACACAGAGAGUGAGAAGUCUGAUGCUGCAGAGAAACAAGAAGAUAAUAAUGAGGAUGACGAGAGGUACGAGAGGCAGAAGAUGCAAUAUAAAGUACAAGAUUUCAUCAUUCCAUCUGAUCUAGAAGAUGACGAUGUGGAUUACAAUGAAUCAAAUAUAGAAGAUGAGGAUGAUGAUGAAUUCAGUGAGUUAUUGUCCGUACCUUUUUGCAAUAUGGAUUUGUUUUACCUAUCUUGUCUUGAGGAUGAUUGGAAAGAUGUUAUCGAAGACAAACCGGAAGGAGAUGAAGAGGUAAUAAUGGACAAACUAAUUGAGUUGGAAAGGUUGCAGUGGUUAACUAUAAACUGGGAAAACGAUAAACAAAAUAAACUAAAAAAAAGUAGUAAUAGUAAGCAGAAGAAUGGUAUGGAAAGGGCGCAGAGCGCAGGCCCCAGUACUAGAUUUCGGAGCAGAAACUGUGCUGAAGACUGUAUGCAGCCGGCAUGUGCUGGGGACUGCCCAUCGAAGCGUGUGCAGUCGGCAAAAGGAUGUUUACAUUGUAAAAAAAAGACGUGCAAUGGUUCAUGUACAGAGUACGGUUAUCAUCAUUUUGUACGGCAACCACGAUCUGAUAGUGAUGAUGAAAUGUUGAGAACAAGACCCAAGUCUUGUCAUAGUUGUACAAGGAAAUCAACUAGAGCUAAUACAAUCAAUGCAAACAAUACAGUACUUGGUCGACCCAAGUCAGCUUAUGCUACUUUUAGUUUGUCCGAACUGUAUAACGUGGAACCAAAAUCAUUAGGAUCUUGUAGCAGAAUGAACGGGGCUGUUCAAUCAGCACAACAAAUUGUCAUAUUACCGAGUCAUGCCACAAGUCGCUCUUCAACUCCAACAUCCACCAAAACAUUUUCACGUCCAUCUACUGCGAAAUCAACCACAGCACACCGUCCAAAGGGACGAGAUGCUGUGAUUCCCGGAAAGAGCUACACAUCACAGAGAAAAAACUCAAUCACCAAACUGUGCGAUGUCAAUAUUGUGAAAAUGAAUUCCAGACCAAAAUCACGCAGGAAAAGAAGGCCAAGAACAGCUAAGAAAUGA